CACACAGAGACGACCCGACCCGCCCCUAUCUUCUGCCUGUGUCUUUUUUUCCCGCUAGGUUUUUGCGAGCCAGCGGGUGCGCGGGCGCGUGCCAUCUCGCCCCAGAAACAAUCUUUCCCACCUGCCGGCCCUGGUCCACCGCCGCCACCACCCAUCUCAUCCUCCCGCCCUCGAGCAAUUGGGCCCGACCACCCGGCGACUCCAGAGGACGGCGGCGUGUUGACUCCUUUUCUUCCAUUGCCUGUUUUCCCUCCCUUUCCUCGUCAACAGGUGGCUGUCGCGGUCUUGUUCGGUUCCGGUGCUUGCAUUUCGUCCCUUCUCGACGCUCGUUUCACCAUCCCUGCGGUAAUUAGCUUGUCGAACCGUCAAAGCUCCAUCGCAUCUGCAGCCGAACUUGCCUGGGACGCCUGCCGCUGCGUUUGCGCCUGCCGUCCGAAUUAAUUCGCCCCGCGCUCGCGUCGCCUCCACCUCGCCGACCUCCCUAUACGAGACUGAUGAUAUCGUCGAGAUCCCCGGCGCCGCAGCGAAUUGACCGAACCCACGGCGCGGGCCGCUUCCUCUUCUGUUAGCAUCCGCAUUAUUAUGCAUGCAUCAUGAUGUUUGGCGGCUCAGCUCGGUCCACCAGGGGCACCGCCCUCAUCGUCGGGGCGGUCAUCUUCCUCCUCGUCUUUAUCGGCUUGAUAUUCAACCACCUCGACUCGUGGGAACUGCCCGUAACGACCAAUACGCCGGGCGACAAGACGAGCCACGGGCUCCCCGACACGCCGCCCGCGCCGCCGCCAUCGUCAAAAAACCCGCCGCCUUUUAGUGAGUCGACGGCCUCGCAGUACGCCGCCGAGCUGCGCAGCUUCUAUCUCAAGCACCUGCGCAAGCCCUCGGUCAAGCCCGACGAACCCAAGUACAAGCCAUGGGGCGCCUUUGACUGGACGCUGCCCGCCGACCCGCGGUGGAAGCAGCGCAUGGGCGAGAACCUCUGCAUCAUCGACCUUGACAACCGCCCUUUUAAAGAGUCGGGCGAGAUUUUUGGGCCGGACACUAUGAGUUGGGACGAUCCGCCCAAGGUCCACGGCAUCUCGCUCGGCAUCCUGAACCACUGGCUCUAUGCCAAGAUUCAUGGCUACAAGUACUACUAUAUCAACAUUGGCGAAUACCCCGACCGCCGUGCCUCGUGGAAGAAGCCGCCCAUCAUGGGCAAGAUUCUCAAGGAGCAUGACGUCUGCAUCUACAUCGACUCGGACGCCAUCUUCCACCGUCUCGACCUGCCCAUGGAAUGGCUACUCAACUACUGGCAGCUUUACCCUGACGGGAACUCGCUCGCUCUGGCCGUUGACCCCGAUACCGACUUCAACAAGGACCGGUUCAACAAGCUCUACGUCAACACGGGCUUCAUCAUCGCCCAGAACAACCCCACCACGUACAAGAUCUUCGACGCCUGGCAAAAGUGCCCCGAUGAUGGCGAGCCGUACCCCGAGUGCACCGAAUUCCGCCUCAACGAACCGGGAAAGCCCACCGACCAGGGCGGCUUCGGCACCUUUGUGCGCUACAAUUUCACCGAGCACAUCCGCGAGCUGCCCUGCACCGAAGCCAACGGCUUCCCCGAGAGCGAUUCGGGUUGCAAGGGUCAGUUUAUCCGCCACCUGUGGACCGGCAAGCAAGACCAGAUCAAGAUCGACGUCGGCGAGCAGCUCCCCGGGCCGUACUUGCAAAUGUUCCACGAGCGCUUCACCGCCGAGCGCAGCUCCUACUACAUAAACGAGCCCGACCUCAUGGCCAAGGGACCCAAGGCCUCGGUCAAGAAGCCACCCAAAGACGUGGCAAAGGGUGGCUCGUGAAGGGAACAGUUGGCAUGAUUUAUCCGCAAACAUAAUCUCUCAAACAUGAUAUAUGCACACACGAUAGCCAACCGGGUUUGGGUACCGGUACGCCAGGGCAUAGAUAAGACGCCGGCAGGGAUUGACUGGCGCGGCUCACGGCUAUCGUUGUGGUGCGCGGCAUACUUGGUCUAAAGAUUUUGGGUCACAGCCCUGCAUAUAAUCGGCGUGGGCAGCGCCAUGAUUGGGUAUACAUUAAUUCCAUUGAUAUGACGUUUCAACUUGGAGCUUGUUCACAGGCUCUUCAAGUGAAACGAAAGAACACGUGAAUGCGAAAUGAUAUGUUAAAGAG